AUGGGAUGUACAGCUCUUCAUUUUGCAGCAAUUGCUAAUAAUAAGGAAACAAUUAUGCUUCUCCUUUCAUACAAUCCAAAUGUUGAUGAAAAAGAUAAAUAUGGGAAAACUGCUCUUCAUUAUGUGGCAAUGUAUAAUUCCAAAGAAAUGGUUGAAUCUCUUAUAGAUCAUGGUGCAAAUAUCAAUGAAAAAGAUAUUGAUGGAAAAACAGCUUUCAUUGAUGCAAUAUGUAACAAUAGUAAAGAAGUAAUUAAACUUCUUCUUUCACAUGGUGCAAAUUUAAAUUCUUGA